CCUCUGCACUGCGCUGCAAGAGCUGGGCAUCCUAACAUGGUCUCUCAUCUCAUUAAGUUGGCUACACCCACGCCUACACGCGACGAUGAUGCGUCAAAGAAAGUGAUGGAGUUCCUGGAAAAGAAGAACGAGCUCGGGGAGACAGCCUUGCACGGGGCAGUCCGCAGUGCCAACACAGAAGUGAUAGAGAAGCUUAUGUCGACGGCUCCGGGACUGGCAAACGUUCCGUCCGAUGGCAUUUCACCACUGUAUCUUGCCAUUUCAUUAGGACGUCUGGAUGUCGCGUGGGACAUGAUGAAGAAAAGUUCUAAUAGGCUGUCUUACUCUGGACCAGAUGGUCAAAAUGUCUUUCAUAUUGCUGUAUUUAAGCCCGAAGCGCUACCAACACUAAUACAGAAGUGCAAGGAUGUGAAGGUGGAUAUACAAGAAGGGGGCCAAACACACACAGAGUCUCUUCUGCUCCACCUCACUAGCCAACGGGAUAAAAAUGGGAGCACUCCUCUUCACAUCGCUGCGUCGCUGGAAACUUGGAGUAGUUGCUUCUCAAGAUUGUCCGAACAGUUUUGGCCGAAACCAACAAGUCCGACCACACAAUUGCUUGAUGCUAACGAAUUUAUGGUAUACCAGCCUGACAAUGAAGGAUCAUACCCCAUACAUGUCGCCGCUUGUAACGGGAGGCUUAAGGCUGUUCAGAUCUUGCUCGGACGGUUCCCAGAAUGUGCCACUUUGCGUGAUAAAAGGGGAAGGACUUUCCUUCACGUUGCUGUCGAGGACAAGAGGUUUGAUAUUGUUAAGUUCGCAUCGACAGGGGCAGAAUUUUCGUCCAUUUUGAAUGAGCAGGACAAACAAGGGGACACCGCGCUGCACCUUGCUGUCCAGGUUGGAGUUCUCUCGAUUUUCAACAUUCUAUUCCGAAACAGGAACGUGCGCUUGGAUUUGUUGAACAAAGAUGGGCUGACACCACGUGAUCUUUCAUGGAUUAACAUUCCUCAACGAUGGUACAAUAGAAAGAAUCCACGCUUCAUGAUACAUCAAUCAUUACUGCACGCAAGAUCAGCAGUUGGCUUCAGUCGCCCGGACCAUUUCUAUGAUAAAUAUAAAAAGGAGAGGGAUGAAACCAAAGAUUAUGAGUACAUUACAAAGGCAACGGAAGUUGUGGGCCUCUCGUCUGUACUUGUGGCAACCGUGACGUUCGCAGCGGCCUUCACUCUCCCUGGUGGUUAUAGAGCCGAUGACCACGUCAAUGGAGGCACUCCAACACUCUACGGGAGCUACGCUUUUGACGCAUUCAUCAUUUCUAACACCCUUGCGUUCAUCCUCUCGUUGCUCUCCUCUGCCAGUCUGCUCUACUCCGGGGUGCCUUCCAGGGAAGUAUCGGUCCGCCGCAAGUACUACCUGUUAUCGAGAAUGUUGCAGCAUGCAUCCAUUAGAAGCUUGGUCGCCGCCUUCUCGAUGGGUAUGUACGUCGUGCUAGCCCCAGUCGCUCUUAGGGUUGCAAUAGCUGUGUGGGUCAUCAGUUUUGGUUCUUUGCUUUGCGGGAGCGAAAAUAUGGACAUUUGGCACUACCUUGUUCAGGCAAACACGUUCCGCGUUAGAUUCGGCAUUUUGGCUGCAAGGUCUCAAGUAACACCGAUCCUUCGAAUAAUGUGCACGAGAUUUUGGAUCUACAUAAUAAUCUUUGGCUUGCCCGCAAUUCUGAAGAUCCACGGAAGCUAUUGAAUCGAUGAAACGAGGCAUGGAAGCUAUUGAAUCGAUGAAACGAGGCAUGUAAAAACUGGCGGUGGUCGUCACAGAUGGCUUGAUAAUUGAUGAGCCAUUGUACAAGCUAGCGAGUCGUCUGUGUUCAACUUUAUUGUACAUCCAUGUACAUUAGUUCAGAAUCUUAUGAGACACAUGUUCUUCAGCUAUCUGCUUUGUUAUUUCCUCCAGUAAGGAAAAGUAGGAGAUAUGUGGACCUAUAUAUGGUCUCCGAAACUGCAAAUUUGAUCUCUAGUUUCUGUUGGAAUA